UAUUUCCGGUUUGCAAAACGAAUGCUGGCUGUUUAUGUACUUUGUGUUAUUAAAUGUAAUUUUUGCACCGCCUUGCGCUCGAAUCUUAAUUUCAAACAGUGACGAAUUAUUAUUCAUUGUAGUGCACACAACCUUCGACUCAUACGAUAAUCAGCAAACGUAUAUGUUAUCGAAAUAUGUCUUCUGAUGAAGAUGCUUGUCGCGUAUGUCUCAAAAACGAAGGAAUCCUUCCCAUAUUCGGUGAUGAUUCGAAUCCAGACAUAUCUAUGGAGGUUACAAUAUUCGGUAGUAUACAUCUAAACAAAGACGAUGACUUCCCCAAGUUUAUAUGUGAAGAUUGCUUUAAACAAUUAGAAGGCGCAAUCUCGUUCCGAAAUUCCGCCAAACGUACCGAAAUAUUUCUCAAACGUAGAAAGAAGAAAUUGAAUCUUUACGGGAGGUCUUCUACUAAAGUUAUAACUGAAACAAAAGCCAGUACAUCGAUAGAACACCAUGAAGUCUUGGAACAAUAUGCUGCUCCUAAAAUUGAUUUCGUCUCUGUUAAAGUUUCAGAUAUGUCCUAUAUUAAAAAUGAACCGACACUAAUGGUUGAAGAUGACGAGGUUUAUGUUGAAAAUACUGUAGACGAUGAAGAUGAGAGACAAAAUGAUCCUGAAAUGGUGAUGUUAAUUGUGACAGAUGAAGAUAAAAAGAUAAAAACUGAAACAUUUACUUGUAAAUAUUGCAGUUUAACUUUUGAUUCAUCAGAGGAAUAUGAAGAGCACAGAACAACUGUAGAGCAUAAAAGGAAUUAUGUCAUAAGUUUCUUACCAAAGAAAUCAAGUAAAUGUGAAGUUAAAUCACGAGAAACAGUGAAUCCGAAAGACCAGAAAUGUGAAAUCUGCAACAGAUUUUUCACUAAGCUUCAUUACCCAAGACACAUGCAGACUCAACAUAAAAUUAAAAUGGAGACAUCACGCUCAACAACGAAAAAGGAAUGUCCUAUCUGCAAGAAAAUGUUUAAUCCAGUAUCUCUGAUUCGCCACAUGAAAAAGUUUCAUAGUGGUGAGAAAGAAGAAAAACCAAAGCUUAAACUUGAAUGCCCAUUGUGCAAAAAAUACUUUUCUAAACAUUUUUAUCCUCUACACAUGCAAAGACAUAAGCAAGGGGAUUCAAGAAACUACAUUUGUGACCAAUGUGGCAAGAAGUUUUUUUUCAAAUCUUCUUUCUGUACUCAUCGUUUGAUUCAUACCAAUGAUUUGCCCCACAAAUGUGAAUACUGCCCUUACCGAGGCCGUACUAAGGAACUGUUGAAGAUUCAUGUACGUACCCAUACAGGUGACUAUCCCUACAAAUGUACACAAUGCGAUACUAGAUGCCUUACUAAGAGCAACUUGAACUCUCACAUGAGAAGACAUAGAGGACCUAUUGACUUCAUUUGUGACUCAUGCAACAGAGGGUUUUAUAGUAAGAUUCAGCUCGAGAGGCACAUAUCGGUAAUACAUUAUGGAGUUAAAAAUCAUGUAUGUUCUACUUGUGGGGCGACAUUUGGCUACCGUCAUGGAUUGAUGAGCCAUCAAAGAAAGGUCCACAAGCGCCCUAAAGGUCUGGGAAAACCGAAAGCUGUAUAUUUAAGGUUGGAAGAAGAAGGGUUGUUGCAACCACAACAAGAAGUAUAAAAGAAACUUAGUUUUUAUUAUAUUAGUUUGUUAAAAAUCAAAUGAGUACUAGUAACCAACAUCAUGCAUGUAUCCUCGAAGGGGUAGGCGAAAUAAGUACUUUACAUUAUUUUUAUUUUUAAGAUUAUUAAAUAUGCAACAAUUAUCAUAUUAUAGUCCUAUUUAUAGAAUGUAUAUAACAUUGCUAGGAAGCAACCAAACUUAAAAAAAAUCGUUUAGAGAUUGCAGCCAAUGUUUGAUGGAACACUAAAAUUUAAUUAGUUUAUAUGACCCGCCUAAAUAAUGUUUAUGUACAUAAUAAAUUAAAUUAUGUGUAAUAUCUUUGAAAUCAUAUUUACGUUGUAAUGUAUUUUAAGCGCUGCCAAUUAAAGACGAAAAUAA